AUGAAGCUGGCUCUGGGAACAGCCCUGGGCUUGCUCUGCUCGUCUGCCCUGGUGACAGCCCAGACGUACACAGACUGUAACCCGCUCAAAAAGACUUGCCCUGCAGAUACUGCUCUUGGAAUGGCCGACCAGACAUACGACUUUACCUCCGGCUCAUCUUCCCAGUUCGCUGCUUCGGGAGCCGUCACCUACGAUAGCACCAACGGCGCCACAUUUACAAUUUCCAAGAAAGGCGAUGGUCCCUUGAUCCAGUCGGGCUGGUACAUCAUGUUCGGCAAGGUCGAGUUCACCAUCAAGGCGGCAUCCGGAACGGGUAUUGUCAGCAGUGCCGUGCUGCAAUCCGACGACUUGGACGAAAUCGAUUGGGAGUGGCUGGGUGGCAACAAUGGUCAGGUUCAGACAAACUACUUCGGCAAGGGAGACACCAGCAGCUACAACCGUGGUGCUUUCCAUGCCAACAAUGGCAACCAUGACGAAUUCCACACCUACUCGGUCGACUGGACGAGCUCUCAGAUUGUGUGGGCUAUCGACGGCGAGACUGUCCGUGUCCUCACGCCUUCCACCGCCGACACCAACCAGUACCCGCAGACUCCGAUGAUGAUCAAGGUCGGUGUGUGGGCUGGCGGUGACUCGGACAAUGCUCAGGGAACAAUUGACUGGGCUGGCGGUUUGACCGACUACAGCAAGGGUCCCUUCACAAUGUACCUCAAGUCGAUGACCGUGACCGAUUACUCGACUGGAAACUCGUACAGCUAUGGCGAUCAGUCGGGCUCCUGGGAGUCUAUCGUUGCCAAUGGAGGCAAGGUCAAUGGCAACAGUGCCGAUGAGCCUACUUCCACCCAGUCGGCACCCCUUAUUACUGCAACGGUGGACAGUGUCCCCGUUCCCUGGAGUGGAACCCACCGAGAAACCUCCAGUUUUGUUACCCCCGAUGUCUGGCCCUGGGUUGCCACCGGCUCGCCGACGGCGUCCACUGGCCUCCCCAGUGGCUGGGAAUCUGGCUCCGGGCAGAUUCAACCGCCCGGUGGGGGUUCAGUGAGUGAGCACUGCCUUGCACCUACCAGCACCCCCUUUGUAUCAAUCACUAAGACCGAUCCUCUUUUCUCGCAGUCUACCUUCCGAUCUACAUCAGUGCCCUUGGCUUCCUCGUCGGUUGUCUCUUCCCGCUCUGGGCUUGAAACACCGUCGAAGAGUGUGACACGACCCGCCACGACUACCUCGACGAGUACCACCAAGACCCAACACCGACACACUGAAUAUUGGGAAACCGACUCCGCGACGACCCUUGUGUCCUCAGCCAAGGCUACUUCUUCUCCUACCAUUGCCCCUUCGGUUGGCGGAGGGAUCAGCCUGUACCAGGGUCCAGCCGCGCUGACUAUGAGCAUCGUCUGUGUGCUGCUCGGUGGCAUCUUUGCUUUGCUUUGA